CCACCUAUACCCAAAAACCAGACUGUCAGCCUCCAGGGCUGCAGAGAGGUGCUGGUUAUAAUAGGGGGGAAAACUUGGUACUUUCAUUGCGACAUUGUCCCAGCGACUAUCCUUCUUGAAGAGCGAGGAUGGUGGAGGUGAAGAGCAUCUGCUGUAUUGGGGCGGGGUACGUGGGCGGCCCCACUUGCACCGUCAUAGCUCAGAUGUGCCCGGAGGUGACGGUCACGGUGGUGGAUCUGAACGAGGACCGCAUUCGGGCCUGGAAUUCCGACAACCUCCCCAUAUUCGAGCCUGGACUACAGGAAGUGGUGGAGUCAUGUCGAGGGGUCAACCUCUUUUUCUCCACGGACAUCGAUACAGCUAUCCAGGAUGCAGACCUGAUCUUUAUAUCGGUGAACACGCCCACAAAGACGUUCGGCAUCGGGAAGGGGCGGGCGGCAGACCUGAAGUACAUCGAGGCGUGCGCCAGGCGCAUCGCUGACGUGUCCCGCGGCUGCAAGAUUGUGGUGGAGAAGAGCACGGUGCCGGUGCGCGCCGCGGAGAGCAUCCGCCGCAUCUUCAACGCCAACACCAAGAGCAGCCUCAGCUUCCAGGUCCUCUCCAACCCAGAAUUCCUAGCGGAGGGAACGGCCAUCGCUGACCUGAAGAACCCCGACCGGGUGCUGAUUGGAGGAGAUGAGACCCCUGAGGGUCAGAGGGCAAUCGAGGCACUGCACAGAAUCUAUGAGCACUGGGUCCCCAAGAGCAAGAUCAUCACCACCAAUACCUGGUCUUCAGAGCUUUCAAAACUGGCAGCCAACGCUUUUCUCGCUCAGCGAAUCAGCAGCAUCAACUCCAUCAGCGCAGUGUGUGAGGUCACUGGGGCAGAUGUGGAAGAGGUGGCCCACGCCAUCGGCACCGACCGGCGAAUCGGCAGCCGCUUCCUCAAGGCCAGUGUGGGCUUCGGGGGCAGCUGUUUCCAGAAGGACGUCCUCAACCUCGUCUACCUGUGCGAAGCUCUGAGCCUGCCUGAGGUGGCCAGAUACUGGCAACAGGUGAUCGAGAUCAAUGAUUACCAGCGGAAGCGCUUCUCCUCGAGAAUCAUCGGUUGCCUUUUCAACACGGUGACGGACAAGAAGAUCGCCCUGCUUGGGUUUGCUUUCAAGAAGGACACUGGCGACACCAGAGAGUCCUCCACCAUCUACAUCAGCAGGUACCUGAUGGACGAGGGCGCCCGCCUCCACAUCUACGACCCGAAGGUGAAGCCGGAGCAGAUCGUUCAGGACCUGUCCCACGGGGAAGACCCAUCCAGAGUCUCUCGUCUCGUCACCAUCUCCGCGGACCCUUACGAUGCCUGCGAGGAUGCCCAUGCCAUCGUCAUCUGCACGGAGUGGGACAUGUUCAAGGAACUGGAAUAUGAAAGGAUCUACGCGGCCAUGCUGAAGCCUGCGUUCAUCUUCGACGGCAGGAGGAUUCUGGACAGCUUGCACGAGGAGCUGCAGCACAUUGGCUUCCAGGUGGAGACCAUUGGUAAAAGAGUAAAACAAAGAAUAUCCUUCAAUGGCAGCAAGAACACGCCCACUCCAGACCACCUACCCGCACCCAAGAGGACCAAACAGUGAGGCAGCAGCUGUGUUUCUGCGUGCGUCACGGUCAGUGCUGCAGUGGUUCAACAGUUUUAUUAGGAAAAAAAUUACAAUUUCAUAUUUAGUAUUGCCACAUUUUUAUAUGUUGUCAUAUAUAUAUAUAUAUAUAUAUAUAUAUAUAUAUAUAUAUAUAUAUAGUUAUAUGUUAUAUAUAUUAUAUAUAGUAAGUCAGACUUGGAAAUGGAAUUGGAUUCUGCUUUAUGUCUAAAAGCAUCAGAGGACUUGGAGUUUUGAAAAGUGUCUGUCUGCCUGUCUGUUUGUUUUUUCAGGGUUUUUUCACCUUUGAGUUUAGCUGUUGUUUUCUACAAUGAGUGAAAAAGCCUUAUUCCAAAUCAGAAUAAAAUAGCCUCUUUCUGUUACUGCUGUUAUAUUGUAAACUACUGUUCUGUUUUUCCUUUGAAUCCAGAAAUAUUUAAGCCGUGGGCCAGUUAAUGUUUACUGCCUAUGCAAUAAUUUCUGUAUAAAAUUGCUUUCUUUUUAUUUAAGUAUUUCUAGUAUUAUUUAAUGCAGCAAAUGUGGCUACUAAAUUAUAAGCUGCUGAUGAUUCAUUUGGUUAUUUUCUUGCUGUAAAAAAAAAAAAACCUUUUUAACUGAAGAAUUGUGUGAUGUUCCAUAUUGACAAGUUGGUUUAUGUCAUACAGUGAAACAUUUAAAAUAAU